AUGCCUUCAUAUGUUAAAUUUUUGAAGGAGUUCCUUACAAAGAAAAGAAAGUACAUUGAAGAAGAAACCAUUGAAGUUCAAGGAAACUGCAGUGCUAUCAUACAAAAGCUCUUACCCCCCAAGUAUAAAGAUCCAAGAAGCUUCAAUAUUCCUUGCACUAUAGGGAAUAUCUCUGUUGGGAAAGCACUUAUUGAUCUGGGAGCCAGUAUUAAUGUCAUGUCGCUCUCCAUGUUUGAAAAGAUUCAAGGGUUGGAACUCAAGCCUACUCGGAUGACUCUUCAACUUGUAGACAGAUCCUUGAAAUAUCCUUAUGGGGUAGCUGAAGAUGUGCUUAUGAAGGUAGAUAAAUUUCUUUUUCCUAUGGACUUUGUCAUCAUGGAGAUGGAGGAGGACGUGAAUGUACCUCUUAUUCUUGGGAGACCUUUCAUGAAAACAUCAAGAGUUUUGAUUGAUGUGGAAAAUGGAAAAUUGAAGGUGAGAAUGCAAGAUGAAGAAGUAAAUUUUGAUGUCUUUCAAGCCAUGUCUCACCCAAAAGAUGAUAAGGAAUGUUUUCAUCUUGAUUCUCUUGAUGAAAUUUGUAUAAUACAAGAGAACAAAGCAAGUAAUACUCUUUCUUUGGAAGAGAUGCUAGUCGACACCUGUGAAGAGUUUAAUGAAAAAGAAGAGGAACUAAUUGAUGAAUGCAUGACUGAUUUGGAAGAAUUAAAAAAAGUUCCUUUGCAAAAUACAGAAGUAAAAGCCAAGGUAAGCAAAAUCGAGCUGAAGAUGUUACUGCUACACUUGAAAUAUGUGUUUUUAGAAGAAGGUGGAAACAAACCAGUUAUCAUCAGCAACUCUCUCUCUCCCAAAGAAGAAGAAAAGUUAGUAGAAAUACUCAAAGCCAACAAAGGAGCUAUUGGAUGGUCAAUCUCAGAUCUCAAAGGUAUAAGUCCAACAUAUUGCAUGCACAAGAUAUUCAUGGAGGAUGAUUACAAACCAGUUGCUCAACCAUAG